CUCCGGGCUGGGACAUGGGCAGGGAUGCUCCGGGAGCCGGCGCUGGACGUGUGAUGUGCUGCUAGUGCUAACAGAUCGCCCAGCCGUUCCAUCCAGGCUGGCCUGUGACCCCCGGCAGCUUUUCCCCAGCCUGCGAGACCACUCCUCUGGUACCCCUAUGGAAGCAGCUGUUUCUAUCUGAGAUUAGGACCGUAUAUGGAAGUUGAGGAGGGGGAUGGCUUGUCAUAUCCAAGAAGCAUGCCUACUUCUGUUACUAAUACCUGGGUUGGUCACCCCAGCUGCCAUCAAUCAUGAAGACUACCCUGCCGAUGAAGGCGACCAGACCUCCAGUAAUGACAAUCUGAUCUUUGACGACUAUCGAGGGAAAGGCUGUGUGGAUGACAGUGGCUUUGUAUACAAACUGGGAGAACGUUUUUUCCCAGGGCAUUCCAACUGCCCUUGUGUCUGUACUGAGGAUGGGCCUGUUUGUGAUCAACCCGAAUGUCCUAAAAUCCACCCAAAGUGUACUAAAGUGGAACACAAUGGAUGUUGCCCGGAGUGCAAAGAAGUGAAAAAUUUUUGUGAAUAUCAUGGGAAAAAUUACAAAAUCUUGGAGGAGUUUAAGCCCUCGCCAUGCGAAUGGUGUCGCUGUGAGCCGAGCAAUGAAGUGCACUGUGUUGUAGCAGACUGCGCCGUUCCCGAAUGUGUCAACCCAGUCUAUGAGCCAGAACAGUGUUGUCCUGUCUGCAAAAAUGGUCCAAACUGCUUUGCAGGAACCACCAUAAUUCCGGCUGGCAUUGAAGUGAAAGUGGAUGAGUGUAACAUCUGUCACUGUCACAACGGGGACUGGUGGAAGCCCGCUCAGUGUUCCAAACGCGAAUGCCACGGAAAGCAGACUCUGUAGAGACCAAAUCCAGACCAAUGACAAGUCUAUUUCAAAAAAAGAGAGUCGUGGCUUCUACACGGCACAUGCGAAACCUCCUGCCUGCUGCCACAGCGUCACCAGCAAAACCUUUUAGGGUUCCCAAAAGCAAAUUCUUUUACUACCUGGAAAGUGCUCUCCCACACCGUAUACAGAAUAUAUAUUCAGUAGCUAGAUAUCUACUCCGCUUUUGCUUGAUGGGGACUCAAUCGCCAACAUUUCAGAAGGGAAAAUCUGCACAGAUUCCUCCGCUCAACGUGUAACUCUUCUAGCACUUCCAACCACGUGAACUGCAUUUUUGCUGUUGUGAUUUUUUUUAAGCCUAUUCCAAAACUUUCUCACAGCCAGGGUCUUCCGGGUAAUUAUGGGUUAAACAAGAAUAAAACCUGUUUAAUGCCGAAUGAUGCUAAAAACAGAGAGCGAGGGAGGGGGGUGGCUGGCUGGAGGGAAGGAAUAAAACUGGAAUGUAAACGGCAGAAAGAUUGAGCUAGACUCCGAGCAAGAGAGGGAUCGGCGUUACCCUAGGAAGACGCUGUGUUAUGCUUUCUCCACCGAGUGGGGACAAUCAAGAUGAAGGAAACUACACAUUAACCAUGACUGAUUCAUUAAAACUGUCAAUCAAAUCACUCUGUGAUGACAGCAGUAGGUGGACACAACUCCAUUGCUACCAAUGAACCUGACAGGGGAAACGUGGACUAAAGUCAUUUGAAAAAUGGCAAACAGGAGGUUUGCAUCCGAGGCUGAAAAUCGGCACCAUUUGUCACCAGUGAUGAUCAAGCUCUUUGUUCCAGACUUUUGGUAAUCACUUUGAACACAUGUACAUUCCUGGUGUGCCUAUGCUGCCUUACGCCGGCGAGCACUUGGCCCUUUGUGGCUUCUGCUAGCGUAAACCAUCGGGUUUGGGUGCAUAGAUGCACUGUGAGUGUGAUCAGCAUUGACGCUUGCCCUCUGAUUUGGUUUCAACACAUGGCUUCCCCGAGAGCCGUCUGCAAUGACCGUAUCACCGUGUCUGCCACACCUCCAAGCCAAUCCCUCAUCUCACUGAAGUCAAGGGCAAAAUUUCACUUGACCUCAGUCAGACCAAGGUUGGGCCCACUGUUUCUAGUUCAAGUGCAGGGCCAAAUGCAUCUCGGACCAGCCCUGAGUGAGAUUUCUGAAGCUCUGUUUGCUAGGCAACAAAUUCUGAAUUAGAAUAGUGGAUGAGAGAAAAAUGUUAAAACCUACGCCUCUAAUUCACAAAGCUGCCCUAGAAGACCAGCCAAAAUAAUGACAAUGGACAACGGGUAGUUCACAGAGCAAGCUAAAACUAUGCCCUUAUUAACAUACAGGGCGUGCACCAUGGCCUAGUGUGUUCUCCUGUCCUGUGGACAAGAUAGGGUUUCCUGAGGACACGUCUAAUGAUCCCCUCAUUUUCUCACCAUCCCCCAAGCCUGUGACCAUAAUGACGGCGAUGGCCAAGGAAUCCAUGUGUAACAUCCCCAUGCCUAGGAGAUGAGUAUACUCCUCCACCUCUGAUGCUCCUAGACCCUAGCAGCCCAUGAGCAAAUGUUCAAGUUUCAAUACCAUCCCUACAUUCUAGGAUGCUUCCCAUUUAUUUCAGUGGGAACUGGCCACGGCUCAGAUUCUUAUGAUGUGCCACCUUUGGUGCCACUGAAGUAGGCCCAUCAACAUGGAUUUACAACAGCACUUGUCAUACCAGGCUAGAUUAUUAACCGCCUCCUCCUGCUGAGCCCAUCCUUAAGAACAUAAGAAUGGCCGUACUGGGUCAGACCAAAGGUCCAUCUAGCCCAGUAGC